AGGCGUCCAAGUGAAACCCAAACACAGCAUUCGAAGAAAUUAAAAGGUGAGAGCUUGUUUAUAAGAACGGUGAAGUAAUACGGACAGCAAAACAGCUGCAACUUCCAACAAUUUCCUUGAAAUCAAAAUUAGUUGCCAAGUUACGCCAAUUUUGUCGCUCACCAGAACGUUGACUUCCGUUAAUUUCUUACUCUUCCGUAAAUGUGUUACUUGAAAAUUUUUUCGAUAUUGUUCUUUAUGAACAAUGACGAAGGAUUUCUCUAAAGUCCAUCGCCCGAUUGUUGCUUCAACACCUUUUUCAAAAUUUGCAUAAUUAGUCUUUCUCACGCAAUGCGACCAGGCUUUUCCCGCCAUUUUUGGGUGGCAAACCGCACGGGGAAAACAGACGGCAACAAGCGAAGGAGUGAAUUUAAUUUAGUGAAGUAAAAACACAAAUGGGUUAACUUUUAUCCGUAUAUUAUUGAUGUAACUUUAUAUUUCUUUCUUAUCUUGUAAUUAUGAGGUAAUUAUGGGGCCACAAGUUAUCAGCCUAUCGCUGCCAUGUCAUGCCACCCUCCUGAAAUAAAGUUGUUAUUAUUAUUAUUAUAACACAGUACUUUUACUUCACUAAAUCACUACUUCACUUGUUAACAUCUUUUGUUCCUUCACGAUUUACGACCCAACAAUGGCGAACACGGUCUGCUCUAACUCAGCCAUAUAAAAUGUUUAAAAUGAGUUUGUUACUACCCUCCUGACGAUGGAAUUUUAUUUUAUUGGGAAAGUCCGUACCGUUGGUUUUCUGAACGCUCAUGUAAAAACCAAUCAAAAUUCUGCAUUUUGCGGAUGGACUGCACAGCCAUGUAAUAAAUAAAUUGUUUCUGACCAGUUGAUACAGGAAAGUUGUCAUCGAAAACAGGGACACUAGCUCGGAAGCGAGAAUUACGAGAUAUGUUGGAACAACAGGAUGAAGGAUAUGAAGAUGACGCCUUCGAAGGAACUCCAUUUAGAAGCAAAAAAGUUAGCAGAAAGCUACAGGUAUUUACAUGCAUGAUUCAUGUUUAUUGAAUUUUUGUCAGAUAUUCUCUGUUUCUCCUCGAGGUUUUAUAAAAGAAAGUAAAGUUUGGACGAAAAUGAACAUGCAUGUCCAUGUGCAUCCUGGCGGUCCCUGUUUGAGGCAGCACUUUCCUUGCGAUAGUAAAUCCUACUUGUAUUUCCGGUAAUUUCCCAUUCUAGCACAGAGUAUCCCCAGUUUAUAUGGACAACUCAGUUGAUGUUGCUGACGGCUUCCAUGAUAAAGAUUGCAGUAGAACACCGAUGAACCGUCUGCGACCAAAAGGACCGCUAUCGACGGGAAAAUCUCAAAUUGGCAUCAUGACUCCAGGCUUACUGGACAUUGUAAAUAGGUAAAUUAUCACUUCAAAGAUGUAAUUUUUCUAUAUGCUCGGCCGAAGAUAUAUUUCCAUCGUUUAAGUAAUUGUUUAUGUACUGUCAUUUGUCGGGCCGAUUUCGCAUCCACUUGUGGUAUUUGAAAGAUACGAGGUUGAUGUUGAAGCAAUUUGUCAUUAACGUCGUCAAAAACUGAAAGUUUACUAUAUAUAUUAUGUUAGUGAUUAUAUAACUGGAGUGGUAAUAAGUUUUAAUAUGGCCAAAGUUUAGGAGUUAGCUUUUCAAAUAUAUGGACAAUUUCUGAUGCUUUUACUACAAAAAAAUUACAAUUGCUCGGCAUUUUUAUUAUUUAUGUCGUUUCAACUUUGCUAUUGUUAAUUUAUCGUUAAUGUGAUAAAUAUGGAAAGAUUUUUACCCCUUACUCCGGAAAUAAAUGAGUAUGUUCUAUUUCAAAAUUUUACAAAAAUUAUUCAUUCUAUGAAACAGUUUGGCAUAUUAGAAAACACAGGUAUACCCAAUUAGCCUUUUCCCAAAAGAGCUAGAUCACAGUGCAUUCUAGGAUCGUUUGGAGGGACAAAAUAUAUGGUGAUAGGCGUCAAAUAUAUGAAAGAGUAGAAGUAUCUACUAUCAAAUAUCAACUUUUUAGACGACCAAAAAUGAAAUAUCUCCUUUUUACAUUAAACUUUUAAUUUAAAUGUGUGCUGCCAUAUUUUUGUCCCUCCAACAUGGGAUUUGCGCGAUCCAGGACUUUGGGAAAUGGCUAAUAGCAGGAUAAACGUAUAACCUGACAAACCGAUAAACGGAUAUCAGAUAAGACUGAGGACUGUACUCAAUCGCUAAAACGCUGACUGGCACCAGUUUAUCCCAGACCGGCUAUUUUAGGGAAGCGGGGAAGAAUCAAGAAUAAUGAAAGCUGGAAUCUCGCGAAAUUGUUAUAAUUUUAUUUGGUGUUCGUAUUGCCCAAUGAUUCUGGUCAUAUAUAAUUUAGCUUACUACAGUGAUAUAGAAAAGUAGACCCAUGCGAUGAAAUGUGUUGGUUCAUAUAGAUAUUGUUAUAAUGUAGUUUAUCAUAGUGGAACUUAAUGAUGGUACUGUAGAUUAUGAAUGCAGUUUUUUUAUGAUUAUAUGAAUGAUUAUGAAUGCAGUUUUUUUUAAGUAUAUCAGAUAAGAGGACUGGACUCAAUCGCUAAAACGCUGACUGGCAACAAUUUAUCCCAGACCGCCUGAGACCGGCUAUUUACCAUUAUUGGACCUAGACAUUAUUAGAGUAUACUAAAAAAUACAAUAAUUUAUUUUGCGCAGAGAUGAUGUUGAUCGUUAUGUCAAUCAGUUAAAAAGACGAAAACUACGUAAUAUGCAGCGUAAGACGGUAGGUUUUUCCAUCCAAGGAUUCUUAUUUAUACUUUGACGAACAAACUUUAAACUUUCACAAUAAGUUAUACUAUCAAGUUACGAAUUGCAUGGAAUUGAAGGCACAGAAGUUUAAAAAACUUUUCCAGCAACAAAAGGUGGCCGUAACUCGCCAACCUAAAUUCGCCCUCUCCCUAACAUUUCGCGACGUGGCCGCUGAUAUUAUUCUGAAAGUAUGACUUAUGUACUGUUUAAUAAACGAGCAGGAGUGUUUUAUUAGGUUUAUGGGUGGGUAAACAAAAUUUUAUGGGUGGAAAUGGGUGGGUUGAAUAAAAAUUCACCAAGCCAAGGGAUGGUAAAGUAAUAAUCAUUAAGUUGGAAAAUACUAAAAUAUUUGUAUUAUUUGUUUUAUUAAAAUCGAAUAAAUAUCAUUUACUUUAUAUAUCGAUUUGCGAAGUAAUCCAUUUGAACCUGCCAUAACAGUCAUGAUAAAGUGUCAGAGUUCAUACUUGCUGGCUUUUUUGUUCUCUCAAAACUCAAAUAAGUCAAUUUAGCUUUUAAGUAAGUAAAUUGACAAAAUUAAGUUAGGUUGGGUCUAAGAUUUUUGAAUGAGUGCUGGGGUUGGGUGGAGAAAAUAUUUUUUUUUGAAGGUUGGGUCACUAAAAAAUUUGGCCAAGAAAAUGUUUCUCCUCAGUGCCCCCCCCUCUCCCCCGCCAUAAAUAAUGACCGGUCCCUAAGAAGGCAAGGCAAAUGCUAGGGUAAUAACGAUAUAUUAGUGAGCUUAAGCAAGCGACGUUCUCAACACGGACGUCACCCGAAAAUUCUAAUUUUGACGGCAUUUUUUGCUGCCGAGCCUCAGCUCGGCAGCACACUAUUCUUAACGUUACAUGACGUUCUUGCUUUUUCGUGUCCAGUCCCCGCGGCCGAGUUAUGUAUAGUCGAAUAGCGAUUUUCACUCGGUGGAGAUUUCGGCAUUCCAGGGGGCUCAUUAAGUAUUCAAGUUGGUUUGUAAAAUGAGGGGGUUGUUCAACAAAAUUUUCUUCAAUGAUGCGAGCAGGCUGCUCAAAUAUGUGUCUUUUAAGUGUUUCACCUGAAAUUUUCAGUACAUAAAGUAGUAAUAUCUGUAUGUUUAGUUCAUAUACUUAGUGUUUAUUUAUCGAUGUGAUGAACCGGUUUAAUAAAGUUGCGAAUAUCGAGGGUAACAGCCUGGGUUCAUGCUACCAGCUACCUACUUGGCUACUUUAUGGCUACCUACUACAAAUCGCUGGCUACUAUGUAUAUGAAAGAGUUUAAGAAUUUAUAAACUAUUGUUUGUUCAAAGUCGAGUAAUGUAUUGUCAUUAUAAUUUUAUUUUGACAUUAGUCAAAUGUCCACAAUGGCACAAUAUGUCUUACAGUAUUAAAAUUCGCGCAGUACUAGAAUUCGCGCAGCGCUGGGUGAGCAAAUUUUAGCACUGCGCGAAAUAUAAUCCGCGCGAAAAACGUUGUGGUAGUAAAGAUAAAGCGUGCGUUUAAAAUAACAAGAACUAAAACACUUAUUGCAUGGUUCUUAUUUGCCUAGUAUUAAUACAAUAAUAGUACGACGCGAAUUUUAACAAGUAAGGUAUGGUAUCAUAUUUCAUUAUAUAUAAACGAACAAUGUAAACUAGCCAUACAUUUCGCUGAACAUAACUUCGGCCCCUUUGGACAUAUCUUUUUCGUUAUAGUCUCAUUCGAACCAGAAUCCAAAACACUAUUCACAGUGUUAUUUUCAAGCUUGUGUCUUCAGAUUUUCAUCUUUUAUUUCGGUAUUUACAGAAUAUUUAUAUUUUUAGCGCGGCCCGUGAAACGUUCCUACAUCAAAACAGCUGUUUACAUCCUAGGGGUUUGGAAAAACCGGAAAUCGAUUCUACAGGUCAAAGUACUGCCAGUGGCAUGGUUUGCACGUGCAUCGGGCUAUAUACGCAUACACGCAAGCAUACACGUGGCGCGCGCGUGCGAGUAAAAACCCUAUAUUUUGAAAAAUUCAAAAUAAAUAUUUCUACUCGCCUUAUUCAAACGAAACUUCCUACACGAAAGCGCUUUAAUACAAGGAGUAUUUUACUCAUAUUGACUCCAGCGACGUGCUGGGGUCUUGAAAAGGACAACGAAUGAGCAACGUCUGAUGAGGCCCAGGCCCAGUGAUGGAUGGAUCAAGAUUGGGGCGGGGGUAUUACUGAUCAGUAAUGUUUUUGUAAAUUUAGAUUUUUUAAAUAUAAAUUGUAAUAUCUUAAUCUUGAUUUUCAGAAUUAAAAUCUAUACUUUAAAGUUAAAAUCUGCAAUUAGAAACAACAAAAAUCGUAAAAAUUUAAAUUGGGGUGACGAGAAAUUAAGUCGUUUACUGGCACUGACGAGUAAAAUUGUCUGGCGUUGAUAGCAGGGCCGUAGCAACCGGGGAUCUGGGGUCUUCAGCCCCGUCCCCCCCCAAAAAAAACAACUUGUAAACUAGCGAUAAUCUGUGAAGUUUGAGAGGGAUAUAAUUACCUAAUAAUCGCCCCUGACUAAUCAGCUCCCCCAAUACAAAAUUGCUUCCUACAGGUAGUGGAUAGGCAGUAACUAUUAAAGUACGGCGCAUUGCCAGCCAGUGGCGGUUAAUAAGAGACAUUAGCAGAUACUGACAGUACAACUGACAAGUAAAAUCGUCUGGCGUUACAGAGUGUAAAUUUGUCUGGCGUUAGACAGAGUUAAUACUAAAGUGGGGUGCAUUGUCAGCUAAUGGGUAUGCCGUUUAUCCACUUUUGACCCAAUGGCAACUUUUUCAUGUUGGUUAUUUACUCAUGUUCCGUGCACGCAAUUUAAGAAUAAGUUCAUUGGGUCAAAAGUAAACUCCCCUUUGGAGUGGUUUUGCAUUCAGUUGAUGUGGCAAAAAAGGCAGCACUUUCCUUGCGAUAGUAACUCCUAGUUUAAAAAAUUUAUUUAGCUUUGCCAACUAAGGCAGGGCCACCACAACAGCAUAUUUUGCAUCAUAGCGCUCGUGUAAGGAAGCAAACAAUUUUAAAAAUCAAUGUUGAAGAUCACCACAAACUGACACAAAAACAAUUUUUAAUCCAGUCCCCCAUUGGCAAGAGGCCGUCCGUGUUGACAAAACGUCGCUUGUUAAGCUCCCUAAUACCAUGAUAAUGGCCGCGGGUGUAUGAUUGCAAACAAAAGUUAUCAGUGUUUGUUGACUCGUUCUUUAGAAAUAUAUUGUUUUAUUGUGUUUGAUUGUUAUAAUCGACCAAUCACAGAACCUGUUCCUUUGGCUUUGUGAUGACCCUGUUUGAAUUUUGAUGAAACUUCCGAAGAAAAUAAAUUAAUAUUCAACAAAUACCGGGCUGAUACCUUAGUGUUUUGAAACAACACCACAGAAUAAAGAUCAGUAACAGAAGGGCCACUCAGCGGUGCAACGUGUCCGCGUUUUUUUAUGCAAAAAUAUGCAGUUUACUGGCCAGAAGGCGGAGCAGCCAGCCAGUACAGCGUGUUUAUUGGCCAGAAAAUGUCAUUGACUGGCUAGGAAGAUGGCGGCCAACAUGCGUAAUGCGACAUGCGCGAGGACAGAAACUUCAAAGCUUCCGACGUAAGUGGCCCUUCUAUAUGGAUCUUUAUUCUAUGACAACACUAUUGCGACAACCUGAAUAAUUUUUGGACUUUAUUAUGUAGAUCGAGUCUCGCACACCGCUGACGAAGAAACCAAGCAACAAGAGCAUGACAGGUGGUGUGGACUAUAGUUUUAAUAUCCAAAGGUCGACUGCGAUGGACAAUGAAGAGCACGAGGAUUACUAUUGGUCUGAUAAUGAGUGAAGAAAAAAUUCUUUCUUGUCUUGAGAUUAAACGUUAUUUAGGCAAUUGUAUAUAGUAGCCAUAGCACGGUUUAGGUCUAAUCAGUGCAGCAUUAAUUUAAUACUCGUAAAAUAGAAAGAGCUUUAAUAUGGAAGUAACUCUGUGACGAUAGCUAAAUAAGCACUUUGAAACAAAUGGUAUUGUUGUUGUUAAUAAUUAACAUGCACUUAUUUGAUAUCCACUUAGAGGGCUGUUUAACAUUAUUCUACGAAGUCGAGUCGAAUAUGAGCCGAUAGCCGAUCGCUCAUAUUCAACAUGAGCUCCACCUUUGAAUUUACGUAAAUUGUUGUAAAUUGUUAAACACGUCCGAAAUUAUCGACAGGGCCUGAAAACAGACCUACGUUUCGCGACCCGCGAAUUUUAGGGCGGGCGAAACGUAGGUCUGUUUUCAGGCUACGAUACGAUAAAAUCGCGACACAUAUUGAACCCUAACCAUGUUCCCCGAUAAUCACCUCGCCUUCGGCGAAUAAUUGUUAAAUAUCCUGCUAGUAGAGAACCAAUCAGAUUGCAGAAUACCUCAUAUCCAGACCUUGUGUAUAUAAUAAUUGAUGUGAGUAAAAUAAAGCAAUUUGGUUGGCUAAUUUAGUCGUGAAUUGUUAAUGAGUUGAGAUAAUCAGUGUAAGGCCCCGUUUACAUGAGGACGGAACGAAGUCAAACCGGGACCAUUUCGUUUCGGUCAUAGUAUUAUUUAUAAUAGAUGUUUACAUGAGACCGGAACGAAAAUAACUCAGACCGGUCACCGGCAGAGGGUCACCGGUAUCAAGUCAUUCCGCCUGCUGGACCGAACCGACUUGACUUCAGACCGGCAUGAAUUCAGACCGGGAUGAAUGUAAACACAAAUAUAUUUCAGACCGGUCUCGGCUGUAACCUUGACAUUGGAACAACACAUGCUAGCAAAAGCUACCUAAAAACGAAAAUUGCUUGGCAAGAGGAAUAUAUUGAAAAUUUUGUGAUUUUCGUACCUGUCUCAUGUAAACAUGUUGAUAAUUUUAAUUUUCAUUCCGGUUUGACUUCGUCCCGGUCUCAUAUUAAAGGGGCCUAAAAGUGAUGUGCAUGCAGCAGAUAGUGGUCAACUUCAGAAAUGUUGCCAAGUACAGGGGCAAGGAAAAUAAACUUAAUAUCCACUUAUUUUUCAUCAAACAGAACAGUCUGGACCUCUACUCUCUGGCGCUACGUUUACACUACAGCGGAUACCUUUCCGUAGCGGCGUGAAAAAGCACCUAUCCGAUACGAAAUGUACAACUUUCAGAAGCUGAGCGAAACAACAUCUCUCCGUUGGAAUAAUAGACCUUUCCCCUUUUAAGUGAAAUUUUGAUCUAGACAAGUCUGGACAAAAAUUUCAUCACAGCUUGAAAGAGCAUCGCAAAAUUAGUAAUAUUCCGAAGUUUCGUU